AUGGGAAGCACCCUCAACAACAACAACAUUAGCCGUAUCCUGGUCACGAGCUUCAACCACAUGCCGAAGAUUCGAACUCUGCGCCUGCACUCCAACCACCUGCACUGUGACUGCCACCUGGCCUGGCUGUCAGAUUGGCUACGACAGCGGCGGACUAUUGGCCAGUUCACACUCUGCAUGGCUCCUGUGCACCUGAGGGGCUUCAACGUGGCAGAUGUGCAGAAGAAGGAGUACGUGUGCCCAGGCCCCCACUCCGAACCUCCAUCCUGCAAUGCCAACUCCCUCUCCUGCCCCUCGGCCUGCACUUGCAGCAAUAACAUCGUGGACUGUCGAGGGAAGGGCUUGACUGAGAUCCCCGCCAACCUUCCAGAGGGCAUCGUCGAAAUGAGAACUGGGUAUGGUGGGUCCUCUUCAGCGAUCAGGGCGGACCUCAUCUCCCUCCCGUGGUUCUUCUCCUUGGGUUACCUGGACCUGGAAGGGACAGAGCUGCCAGCUGCCCCCUGUGUUGAGAGCAGCUGGGACUUCUGUGUCACUGGCCUCUCUCCUGCUUGCAGCCUCCUCAAUGCCAACAAGAUCAACUGCCUGCGAGUGAACACGUUUCAGGACCUGCAGAACCUCAACCUGCUCUCCCUGUAUGACAACAAGCUGCAGACCAUCAGCAAGGGACUCUUUGCCCCUCUGCAGGCCAUCCAGACCCUCCACUUAGCGCAAAACCCAUUUGUGUGUGACUGCCACUUGAAGUGGCUGGCUGACUACCUGCAGGACAACCCCAUCGAGACGAGCGGGGCCCGUUGCGGCAGCCCACGCCGGCUGGCCAACAAGCGCAUCGGCCAGAUCAAGAGCAAGAAGUUCCGCUGCUCAGGCUCAGAGGAUUACCGCAGCAGGUUCAGCAGUGAGUGCUUCAUGGACCUUGUAUGCCCCGAGAAGUGCCGCUGCGAGGGUACCAUCGUGGACUGCUCCAACCAGAAGCUGGCCCGCAUCCCAAGCCACCUCCCCGAAUACGUCACUGACCUGCGACUGAACGACAAUGAGCUAUCUGUUCUCGAGGCCACUGGUAUCUUCAAGAAGUUGCCCAACCUGCGGAAAAU